GUAAAUACUUCUAAGGUUCUUCACGGUGAGAGAUAUAAAAAAAAGGUAGUGAAUUUUUUUCCUCAAACCAGUCCGACAAGUAGUUUAUCAGGCAAUCUUCAGGAUUAUUUGAAAUAGUUACCAAAUCUUGUGUCCUUCGCCAAUAGCUGACCUUCUCUUCAUGUUGAAAUAUCAUUCAACACUACACCAUAGUUCAAUGUUUGUGGUUCUCGCGUUCGUAUUGUGUAACUUUGCAAUGACAAUUUCUGGAAAAAAUGGUGUUAUUAUGAUUAAAGACAAGCAUUUCUCAACAUUGCAAGAUACGUACAAUGACGACAAUAAUGAUUUUGCUGACUGGGCUGAUACGUUCAUCCUAUUGGGAGUUUCUAUAGUGUUCUCGGGGGUUAUCUGUGUUGUCGUUCUCCUUAUCAGGUACAAGCAGAAGCUUCACCGACAUAACACAGGAUCCUUUCUGAGUACUAUAGAUGGAUCUGAUCUCACAACAGAAGAUACGUCUAGUUACACUGGAACAGAGCUUAGCGUUGAUUUCACUCAACAAUGGGAAGAGGAUUCUACCUUCGUUCCUAUUCCACUCUCACCAGAAACUACAGGAAACUUCAAAAAUCUAAAUCAUGAAGCUGUCGAUCAAACAGCCCCUCAAGAGGAGAAGUAUCCUCACACAAACAGGUCAGAGUGGUCUAAAAAUCAAAACAACCCAACAGUCGAGCAGCAAAGGUUAGCCAUGCAGAAUGUCUCCACUAGAUAUCCAAUGAAGAACCAGACAUCAUUCAUGUAAAUAACGUCUUGUCUGUAAUAGAUCUCGAAAUUAUGUUUAGCACAAUCAUGUUUCACUUUCUAGCUAAUGAAUACAAAAAAAAGCCUAAAUAAUGAUAUUUGUUUUGAGUAAUAAUUGUUUUUAGCUUAUUAAAUGUCUUUUAUCUUGUGGAAUUGCCACAAUUUAGAACUUUUGCUUGUCUUUUUGAUUUUAGUAAUGACCUUGCUGAAGAACCUAAGGCUCCAUUGGUUAUUCAAAUUUCUCAAUUUAUGCAUUCAUACUUUUUUGAUCAGAUUUCACUUUUAUGUUAAGAAUCAUGUCUUGAAUGCUUUACUGGUACUAUUCAUUUUUCCGAAAAAAUCGCUUAUUUUUACUUCAAUAUGUUAAAAGGUUAUCAUUUCUGUGUUUUUCGCCAUUGAAUAACUUUGAUGAGUUUCAACGAAACUUAGUGCACUGAAAUUUACACAAGACUAAAUUAUAUGAUUGAUUUUGCAUUGAUGCACACUUUGAAUAACAAAAGGGCUCGGGAAACCCUUCAAGUUUAUGUUUUGUGAAGUAAAUAUCCAAAUAAACAAAUUUUAUUUUUGAGGGAUACAUGUAAAUUACAUUUCUUCUCUCACCUAUGUGUAUGCUUUCUUAAUUUUAUGAGGUUAUCUAUUUUUUGCCUACGUUUUA